GAGAAAGAAACAUAGAAAGAGAAGAAGAAGAAGAAGAAGAAGGAAGAGAGAGAGAGAGAGAAAUCAGAAAAUGGAAUCGGAAUGGGAAUCAUCAACCCCUGCAAAUGCAAUGGAAUCGAUUGAAAAUCAUCAGGGAAGAAGCAUGGAAGGGGAGGGAAGAUUGGGAAAAAAGAAGAAGAAGAAGAAUCAGGUGUUGCUCGAAGGGUAUGUGGAUGAGGAUCUGGCGAGGACAAAGAGUUUGACGGAUGAGGAUCUGGAAGAGCUUAAAGGGUGUUUGGAUCUUGGAUUUGGGUUCAGUUAUGAAGAGAUUCCCGAGCUCUGCAACACCUUGCCCGCACUUGAGUUGUGUUAUUCCAUGUCCCAGAAGUUCAUGGAUACUUCGCCCCCUUCCCCCGAUUCAUUGUCUUCAUCCAUUGCCAAUUGGAGGAUCUCUAGUCCAGGUGACCACCCUGAAGAUGUUAAAGCAAGGCUCAAAUUUUGGGCGCAGGCUGUUGCGUGCACAGUUAAACUGUGCAACUAAGAGAACUAAGAAUGUAUUGAUUUGCCAACAGGAAAGAAAUGGGUACCUGUUCCGGGAGAUUGUGGUUCUCUAUGGCCUGAUUCACCAUUAGACCAAUUCUGGCAGAGGAAUGAGAUUUCCUGUGAUUCUUUUACCUGGAGAUGGGGGCAUGUCUUAACCUAUCAAUGAUAGGUCUAUCUAACUGGAGAACAGAGGAAGCAGAGGGUGUUUCAGGUUUGAGAAUAACCUAAUACCCUCAACUGAGUCUGACUUAAUCUUCGGAGGUUUAGAUUCAUAUUGUGAUUAAAAUUAUUGUAUCUGGGGUUACUGCUAAUAAACUUUAUGAUUAGAAUAAACUCUUUCUCAUUCCUAUUUUUUCAUUGCCAAUGAUUGGCCGCAAUGAAUUCAGACCAUAGCUGUUGGCUUUUACUUUUUAUGCAGCGGUGAGAGCCUCCAAUAGAGCUUCACCAAUAACUUGCAUCACACCUCUGCAUUUGCUGAGGUAACUAACCUAACUGCACAAGCAUUUUUCCCUUCUUCCCCGUUUGGAACUUAAACCCUUGCAGUUGAAAGUUAUGGCUCCAUGAUGUGCUAACCCAAAUUAGUAUGCUAACUUGUGUGUAUUCAUACUUGUUGCUUAGAUGAAUCGAUUCUGCUCGUAUUCCAGAGACAGUUUAACUCGAGAGGGGGGAGUGAAGGGGAAGGAUGUGAAGCCUUGUCACCCCAUUGGUCAGAGAUUUUUCCUCAAAUUGUUCUUGGUGUUGUAUGAAAGGGUUAGAAAAACUUGGUCAUUGGUUAUCCCUGAAGUACAUGAGACACUGAUUAAUUAAACUUGGAAUGAUUUUGUGUUGGAUUUAAUAUUGUUUGCAUCGUUGAUUUGGACAUAGUUUGUGAUAGUCGGCAUUUGUCAUUGGCGCUGACUUUGCUACUCAAUUACUGAAAGAAGUUGGAGCUUUAAGCUUAAACACUGCGUAAGCAGAUGCAAAAUAAUCGGUGCAAUUCAAAAAACUGAAUCUGAGCA